UUGUGUGCAUACUUUGUAGGUCUCACUCAGCACAGCAAAACCCGAUGCCAUGGGAGACCUGUCGGUUAUCGCCCUCUCCGUCACUACUGAUCUUGAGACGAACAGUAGCUUAGCCGCCUCGACUGUCGCGCCGUUACCCGAGUCUCAUCAAGAAUUCCCCGGCCUUCCGCCCUUGCUGCAAGCAACCGUCCCAACGUACCGUCCCACGUUUCGACUGAACCAGUGCCCUGGAAAGUCACUCCCAGACAGGCAUAACGCGGAAUUGACAACUCGGCAAACCUGUCUCGCCUGUUUCCCCUGUGCCGUUUUUCAAUCCCACGCGCAAACCACGCCUAUUUCCUGCCACCCCACCGACCCUAGUCACGCCAGCAAGUCCCCGACUGCGCGCCGUGCAGGGCCUCCUCCCGCCGUCGCCGUCGCAGUCGCAAAGUGGCCCUGGUCUCGUUCCCCCAGGAGCAAACGAAACAAUCGAAACCUCCUCUCCCUCCUACAAAGCCUGCCGAGGCUGUGUUACCCCCUCCUCGCGCAUCGUCCAACCUUCCCUCGACGACGUUGUAACACGACGUUUCCAUCGCGCUGGCCUUGGGUUGGGAACGCGCGCUUGCGCCGGCCUGAUUGCCUCUAAUCACCAGUUCCAUCCGUGUGUGGCUGAUUCCCGGCCUUGCAGGAAUAGCCGUUGACGACACUUACUUCGCGG